AACCCACCAUCACAGCAUCUCAGUUCAACAAAAAUUCCCCCAUUGGCAUAUGUCUCAGAGACCUUUCGUGCCUCACUCCUCCUCCAUAGCUUUCAGUUUGCAUUCCCAUUUCCUCGUCUCCAGCGACCUCAGCCCCAACUGGCUUCUCUGAUUUCCGAUUUUUUUCCCUUAGAUCCAUUUUUGCUCCCUCUCCCUACCAAUUUUUUUGUAGAGCAAUUUAGAUUUUUUUUCACCAAAUUCUUUGUAGCAAUGGGCGUCAAGGGAUUCGUUGAGGGCGGAAUCGCUUCCAUCAUCGCCGGCUGCUCGACCCACCCGCUGGAUCUAAUCAAGGUCCGAAUGCAGCUGCAGGGUGAGAGCUUGGCUGCUCCCAACCCUGUCCUCCGCCCAGCCUUCGCUUUCAACAACGGCGGUGCCAUUUCCGCCAUCCACGUGACGGCCGCUCCACGCCCGUCCGUGGGUCCCGUCGCCGUCGGGUUGAACAUCCUCCGCCAUGAAGGAGCGGCGGCGCUGUUCUCCGGCGUCUCCGCCACCGUCCUCCGACAGACCCUCUACUCCACCACCCGCAUGGGCCUCUACGACGUGUUGAAGACCAAGUGGACCAACCCGGAGACGGGGAACAUGCCGCUGGUCAGGAAAAUCACGGCCGGGCUCAUCGCCGGCGGAAUCGGCGCCGCCGUGGGGAACCCCGCCGACGUGGCGAUGGUGAGGAUGCAGGCGGACGGGAGGCUCCCCGCCGCUGCGAGGCGGAACUAUACGAGCGUGGUGGACGCGAUUGGGUCGAUGGCGAGGAAGGAAGGGGUGGGCAGCCUGUGGCGCGGGUCGUCGCUGACGGUGAACCGGGCUAUGAUCGUGACGGCGUCGCAGCUGGCGUCGUACGACCAGAUAAAGGAGUCGAUUCUGGAGAAGGGCGUGAUGGGGGACGGGCUGGGGACCCACGUGACGGCGAGCUUCGCGGCGGGGUUCGUGGCGUCGGUGGCGUCGAAUCCGGUGGAUGUGAUAAAGACGAGGGUUAUGAACAUGAGCGUGGAGGCGGGGAAGGCGGCGCCGUACAGCGGGGCUUUGGACUGCGCGAUUAAGACGGUGAGGGCGGAAGGACCCAUGGCCCUGUACAAGGGAUUCAUCCCUACGAUUUCGAGGCAGGGGCCCUUCACCGUGGUGCUUUUUGUGACGCUUGAGCAGGUUAGGAAGCUGCUCAAGGAUUUCUAAAACAGAAAAUUGUUUGGACCAGCGGCUGGUGAUGAUGACGAAGAAACUAAGAUAUUUUUGCUUAUAUUCUUAAUUAAUUAGUUAAUGGGUUCGAUUAUGAUAAUGGUUUGUUGUUGCUGCUGAGAUUGUAAGAGUGGUAAAAGUCAUGAGGUAUAUCUUGCGAAUUAUUUGAGAUCAAUUGGAAAUUGGGUGUUAUCUGUCUAUCUAUCAUUUAGAGUUUAAUCGUAUGACCAGCCUUCAAGAUCCAGAAGAAGCUACGAAAGAUCCAUUCGCGUUUGAUUCCAUUAAAGUUUGAGAAGUCUUUCCUCUUUUCUGGGAGUUGGAGGAUCCGAUCUCUUCAUGCUGUCCGAGUAGCGGGCUAUCAGUGUAAUUCAGUUAUCAGAACGCUUAGCUAGAAUGGAUUAUCCUCUGAAGCUCGGGAGCUUUAUUCCCGCUUGCAAGAGCUUGAGGUCCGGCCUGGUUGGCUGGUUUUAUACUUCCCCCGUCGGUUUCAAUGCUUCAGCAGUUGUCCUUGAUCGGACAGUGGAGAUGAGUUUUGGGUCUGAUUGUAUAUAGGGAACGCUUCGGUGUAUAUGUUUGCUAGGUUUGGUGAUUUGGCGAAGGCCAGGAAUGUGUUCGUGGAAAUCCCUCGAAGAGAUCUUGUGUCGUGGAGUUAGUGGUAAGAUAUGUUGUAUUCCACUUAAGUUGUAGAGUGUAAUUUGGUACGAGAUAGGUUUUUUACUUGGUUGUAUGUAGCUUUAAAAUUGUGGUCCAAUUAUUUUGCACUCCGCUUAGAUUGUUACUAUUUAGAAUUCAGUAUUUGCUAUUUACAAAUCAUAAUCCGACCAACCAAUAUGAUAAAAUAUUGGUUCCAAU